AGCGACAGAUCGAAGGUUCCGGUUAGGGGAGCUAGGAUGAAUAUGGGGGAACGCUUAGUAUCUACUAGGCAUUUACCGGGGCAGGCGAUUUCCUGCUUGUACCCACAGCUUUGCGUCUCUCCAAGCCGGAGUUUGAGCACUAAUCACUCCCUCCAUAAACUGGGAACCAACUUCCUCAAGUAUAUCCACUUUUCUUGUAACUGAAGAGAUCAUUGAGAGGGGACAGUUCCUCUGUCCCUAUUUUAUAAACGGAGCAAUGGAGAAGUCUCGAGUCAAAGCCGUUCAAAUCACUCCAGAAAACAGAAAUUUACUACAUCACACCCGCCUCUAGGGACCAAGGCAUACAGGUCCCUCCAGUUUCUAAAUAUGUAGAUGUCUAGAUACCUGGAGACCUAGACAUUUAUUUCCCGAGCUCGGCUGGGCGAGCUCCCAUUGGGGAAACGCGAGGAGUGGAGGAGGGGCCUAUCCAGGUCUCUAAGUAUCCCACAGUGUCAGGGAACUUGGCCUCCCUAUGGGGUUCUGAACCUUAGGGCCUUCAUCAUAAGGUCCCUUUAAAUACUUUGUCCCUUACCUGAGUCCCGCCCAGGGCAGGUAGCCGCAAACUCCGCCCCGCUGCCAGAAACCCCGAUCGGGGAGGAUUACAGGGAGCGGGAGCAGGGGGCACCCCUCCUUUCUCUUCCCUCCCCUCUAUCCUGCCUCUCGUCGCAGCUGGCCGCAGCUGGCCUAGGAGGCCCUGGUUAAGGAGGAGGGGACACUAUUCACAAGUCUGGACAGGUGUCCACAAAAUAUGAGGGGCAGGGGCCACCCCUCUCUGCUGCUGCUUUACCUGGGGUUGGCCACCUGCCUGGACACCUCAUCCAGUGGGGAGCAAGGCCAAGUCUUUGUGGACUCCCCAGAGGCCCAGAGCUUCCUGGGUAGCCAUAGGCGAGUUCCUCGAGCCAAUCACUGGGAUCUGGAGCUGUUCAUGCCAGGGAACCUGAAACGGGAGUGCUUCGAGGAGAAGUGCUCCUGGGAGGAGGCCCGGGAGUACUUUGAGGACAAUACUCUGACGGAGCGCUUUUGGGAGACGUACAUGUACAAUGGCAAAGCAGGGCGCGGACGCGUGGACAUAGCAGGCCUGGUGGUGGGGCUGGCGUCUGGCAUCCUGCUCAUUGUGCUGGCCGGCCUGGGAGCUUUUUGGUAUCUGCACUGGCAUCGGGGCCAAGGCCAGCAGCCCAGUCCGCAAGAGGCCGAGCUCAUCAACCCUCUCAGUCCCCUGAGCUCUCAGGGUCCACCAACGCCUCUGCCGCUGCCCAAACCCCCAGGCCUCCCCACCUACGAACAGGCUUUAGCGGCCUCUGGGGUGCACGAUGCACCUCCGCCCCCUUACUCCAGCCUCCGGAGGCCUUGCUGAAGAGCUACUUCGGAGCCGGGGUUCCCCGAACUGUGCCCCAGAUUCACACCGGAUUCCGGAAGCCCUCAGGCCUCUUAAACUGCGGAGCUGAGCUUGGAGGGGGGUGGGGUGGGAGUAGGGGUCGUCCGGACCGAGGCCUACCCUGGCACACGUGUUUCCGCCGCGUACGGAUACACGCACGUCCCCGACGAAAGUGUUCCCGCGUUCCGGCACCUCGCAGGCCCUCAGGCUCUCUUGACCUUGGGGGUACCCGCUAGCCCCGCCCCCUGGGUAGGCUUGUGGUGGAAACUCUGACCAGGCGCGCCGGCCAGGUGUGCAGACUAGCGUGUGAGGUUUAACACGGCUAUCUCUCGCCAGUGCCAUGGGCCACACAGCAGAGCCCCGCCCGUGCACACGCAUGUCUUAGUGCUUGUACAGGGGCGCUUUGCAACCCAGGGAAAGGGUGGGGGAUGUAUUUGCAACCGAGCUCGUUGGGGACGGGCUCGCAUUGCACUCGGGGGAUUGAAGUUGAGCUCUUCCCUUAAAUAAGAAUCCUUUGGAAAAGAAACCAUAAAAAGCGAAACAAUGCAAAAAAUAAAAAUAAACGACUGAUCCAAG